UGGUCUGGCCUUGAAAGACUGCUGUGUGUUUUUUUUCGCUUUAAGGAACUGAGCUCAGUUAGUCAGUUGUGUGUGUCAACAGGCUGAGCGAGAAACGAGCUGUCGAUAUAACUUGGUACGUGGAACUGAUAACACACACACAUGUUAUCGUGUUGGGGAAAAGCCGUAGGACUCGUUUUGGAAGUUCAGCUUUGUUCGGCGUAUCCAGACUAAAAUGUAUUCCCGUGGACACGAAGCCCCCCUGAGCACGAUGGACAUGUGAAACUUGACUCUGCAGUAGGAAGAUGCAACUCCCAGGCUGGAUUGAAUGGCACUGAGGAUACAAGACUCUGACUUAGUGGGAGUACUGCAAUGACUAGCCAGCCUCCUAGCCAUGCAGAGAGCGCUCACCCCACAGAAAAACCGCCACCUGCCUUGUCCCCCAAGCUCCAUGUCCAACGAUCGCCCUCAAAGGACGCCAUCACCAUCCACUUCUCAGCCCUUGGGAAGGAGGAAGAGGAGGAGGAGGAAGAUCUGUACAGGACAACUGUCUCCACUGCCUUAGCCGAUCCGGAUAGCUCAGACAUUGUGACAGCCUUAGAAGCAAGUGAGGAGAUGUUUGAAAGCGUGCCAUUGGACGCUGCAGACAACGUUGCUGUCAUGCCUGAAUCAUCUAGACUUUCUCCAGUUCCUGGACAUCACACUAACGGUCCUCCCACACAAACUUUGCCAUCGCAUAAUGUUGAACAAAAAGGCUCAAAAUUGAAUUCCUCUCCACCUAAAUCUUUGAGCUUUCCUUCCAGUGACAAACCCUUCCUCAGCUUGAUGAAGUCUCUCUCCUUUGACACUGAGUCUCGUGACGGGAUCCCUUCAGUUGACGCUCCUAAAGUAAGAAAUAGGCACCUGAUGAAGACUCUUGUCAAAUCAGUAUCUUCAGAUACAUCCCAGGAGUUGUCCUCCUCCUCCUCCUCCACAGCCUACCGUCUUCCAGAAUCCCGCCUUAACCUGCAACUCUUCAAGCAAUUCAAACAGUCCCGGGUGCCGUCUGCUACCACGUCGUCAGCCGGCGAUUCUAAAACCGCUCCUUCUUCUCCGUUAACCUCACCAGAAAACCGCAGCUUCUUUAAAGUCUCAGAUGUGGAGGCGAGAUAUGAAGACACUAAGCGGCGUUUCUCUGAGGUCAUCUCCGAGCCGCUCCAGCUGCUGAGUAAGAUCAUGGAUGAAAAGAGUGGCAGCUUAGCUUGCAGCAGUAUUUACUGGCCCAAGGCCCACUCUGCCAGUGCCUUAGAACUCUCCAACAUUACUUCUAUCAAUGGUCACCUGGAGAGCAACAACAAUUACUGCAUCAAGGAGGAAGAAGGAGGUAACCUAGAGGCUGAGAGCCCCAACAGCUUGGCUUCUGGACCCGCUGAAUCACCUGUUUCCCCCUCUGUUGACACAAAGAGCCCCAAAAAAUCAGUACUUUCCAUGUCGUUGGACAAAUGCUCUAUGUCCGCUCUUGCCAAACAAGACUAUGAGGACUUUUGCAUCCUGUACAGUGAGGACUUUGAGAAUUGUAUUAAUACAGAAGGUGACGGUGGUGAUAGAACUGAUGACACUGGAACUGGGAGUCAAACUAAAAUGCCACUAAGUGGUAGUUCUGAUCCAUGCAGUGAAGAUGAACCUGAAAGCAUUGAGCCGGCACCUAGUGUCCCACACUAUACUCUCAUCUUCCUUACUGUACUGGUCUAUGGAUAUUUUGUAUUACCCCUGCCAAGUUACAUAGGAGGAUUGCUUCUUGGGAUUGGGCUGGGAUUCCUUUUAGCCAUUGGUGUUGUGUGGCUGACAGGACCAAAACCUUCUGGCAGUACUUUAAGACAUUCCAGACACCUUGGGAAGCUGUGGAAUCCGAAAAAGUUGGACAUUAAGGAACCAGAAAUCUAUAAGGGCUGGAUGAAUGAGAUAUCGAACUAUGAUCCAGAGACAUACCACGCCACACUGACCCACUCUGUGUAUGUCCGCCUAGAGGGCUCCAUCAUUCGUUUGUCUAAACCCAACCAUAACAUCGCCCGCCGUGCCAUACACAAUGAAUCAAAACCUGAUGUCACCUUCAUCAGUCAGAAGAUCUAUGACCUCACCAACAGCAAAGUAUAUCUAGCACCUCCGAGCCUGGCCAGGAAACGUAUAUGGAACAAAAAAUACCCCAUAUGCAUUGAACUUGGCAAACAGGAGGACUUCAUGUCAAAGGCCGAGGGUGACAGGUUGGAGCCCAGUGAGAGCUUCAGCACAAGGGACAGAGGAGAGGGGACAGGAGGCGUACAGGAGCCAGUGUUGUCGUCUUCUUCCAGUAGAGACCUGACCCUCUUUCUGUUCGGAAGGACUGGGAGAGAGAAGGAGGAGUGGUUCCAGAAGUUUCUAUCCGCUUCCCAGCCAAAGGAGGACUUAAAGAAAGCUUCAAGUGUUGCCGGGAGUAAGAGUGCUCAGAGCUCUCACAGCCGCAGCAGCAGCCGCGGCAGUCUGGAUGAGGCACUGGCACCUCAGCCCAGGUCAAAGGACUCCUCAGUCUCCUCAACAACAGCAGGCAGUGCCAAAACCAAACCGCUAGUUGACUACAAUGUAUACAUGGCCUCCUUACUGCCAAAACAGGCGGUAGUCAGCCCUGCAGCUGCGAGCUCUGCUCUUCAGAGUCCUCAGAGCAGCCCUGGGGCUGAAAAGAAGCUUCAGAGCACCAGUUCAUCGCAGGUGCCGCCCAGGGAGGUUGAGGAGGAGGAGGAGGAGGAGGAGAAGAAAAAGAAGGAGGACUCCGUUGCCUGGGUGAAUGCAGCUCUGGGCCGGGUCUGCUGGGACUUCCUGACCGAGCCGUAUUGGGCUGAACUGGUCUCCAAGAAGAUUCAAAUGAAGCUCAGCAAAAUACGGUUACCUUACUUCAUGAAUGAGCUAACCCUGACAGAACUGGACAUGGGCUCGGCCACUCCCAGAAUCCUUGGGGCAUCCAAACCCUCUAUCGACUACAGAGGUCUGUGGUUUGACAUGGAGAUUUCCUACAGUGGUUCCUUUCUGAUGACCCUGGAAACCAAGAUGAACCUCAUUCGCCUGGGCAAGGAGGGCGAAAGCGUCCGCUAUGGGGAAAUUGGCAAAGAUGGAUACAGGCCGCGGACAUACUGCCUGGCUGAUAGUGAUGAAGAGUCUUCCAGCGCAGGAUCAUCAGAUGAGGAAGACUCGUCAGAGCUCUCAAAUGACUCAGCUGGAGCAGAGGGUUUGGUCGGAGGCCACAAACCCAGCAAGAUCAUGCGCUUCGUGGACAAGAUCACCAAGUCCAAAUACUUCCAGAAGGCCACAGAAACCGAGUUCAUCAAGAAGAAGAUGGAGGAAGUGUCCAACACACCCCUUCUGCUUACAGUGGAGGUGCAGGAACUCCAGGGGAUGCUUGCUGUCAACAUACCCCCUCCACCCACGGACAGGAUAUGGUAUGGCUUUAGGAAGCCUCCUCACCUGGAAUUGAAGGCUCGGCCUAAACUGGGAGAACGAGUCGUCACCCUGGCUCACGUUACGGACUGGAUAGAGAAAAAACUGGACCAGGAAUUCCAGAAAGUCUUUGUAAUGCCAAACAUGGACGACAUAUGGCUGACUGUCAUGCAUUCUGCCAUGGACCCACGCACAGCCGGCGGACCCUUAGUCGGCCUCGCAGUGGACCCAGAGCCUUCCCAGCCAGGGAAGGACGCCACCAGCCAGCCAUGAAGAUUGUUUACAGUAUUUCCUAGAGCUUAUGAAGUCUCAACUGGAACUGGAGCCAAAGUGGAUAGGUUAGACACUAAUAUGAAUCCAGUGCCGUAGUGAGUGGGCUUCUCACUUGCCAUAGAGGAAACCUUAUGAAUCUUAGAGGAAUAAGGUGGAUUCGACCAAGGAAACACUAAAAGCAAACUGUCGCUUGCUGCUCUGUUCAGUAGUAUUUAUUGUGCCAGAGGAAAAGGUGGUUGAUGAAGGAUUUAUAAAACUAUAAGAACCUAUUGAAUAGGGACCGAUAUGUGAAGAGAGUCAUAGUUGGCUCAGAAUUUUGGUUGGUUUAAGUUAAAAAGGGCGGUAUAUCGGGAUACAUAAGUAUAUAAUGUCCUAUGAACACAUUGUGAAAGCAUUCACCACAUACCUUACAGGCUCCAGGUGACACGUUUCUGCUGAGUCUAGAGAGUGAGAUGGUAGCCCCUAGAUUGUAGCAAUGCAGUAAUUGGAAUUUUACAACAUAUGUUUCAAUAUAAUAGUAAAUUACACGCGUGCUUUGGAGUUGGCAUUUCCAUUGUUGAUAACGAACAAAUGGUAAGCAAAAAGUAUACUGAAAAAGCUCAGAUACUUGAUUUAUUUACCAUAUGAAACAUUCAAACUUUAAGUGGCUUUAUGUCAGCGGUUUUGAGGCGUCAACCGUUAACAGUAUUCAUUUGUGCUGUGACCACACCCUGAACGGCUCCCUUCAUUUGCCAAGUCCCCAUUUUUACACCAGUGAUGCCCGCAUGCGUGUCUAUCUGGAAAUGAUGCUCAAGAGUAAACACACAUUACCUAGGAAAAGUGUCAGUAUGUAAAUUCCCUGCUAAUGACAAAUAUGACAAAUGACAAACCCCAGAAGUGCAAUGAUUGAAGGUGAACUAUAGUAUGAUCUUGUAUAGAUAUUAUAUAAAAGUUUAUGUCUAACGAGAAGUACGAGACCUCUAACGUGUCUAUUGAAUUUAUGUGUGGAUAGUUUUUGUUAUUGUAUGACAAGAGUUUUUACCCAGUCACAUUUUGACUGUACUAUGGAAAUUUUUGCACAAAUAGCAAGUUUUCUUUUUGUUUUCUUAUGAUAAACACUAUCUCAUCUUGCAUACAUUUUUCCAGGUGUCAUUCAAUCGUAUGGAGUACCAGGUGGUGUAUUUAUUUGUACAUCAUUUCUACUUAAUUGUUAAUAUUGAUGGCGGUGAUGAUAUUGUUGGAAACUUAUUUAAAUGACCCAACUUUGAUCUGUGACAGUGCUUUAAAAGACUCUACCCGCCAUACUGUAUGUACAACAAUCAGAUGAAGUUAAGACAUGUACUGUAUAGUGAAGCAUCUAUUGCCAAGAAUGUAUAGCCUUAGCCACAGGUUUCUUUUCUGAAAAUACCCAUUUAACCGUGUCAUAUUUCUAAUUAAACCAAAGUCCUUUGAUUAGGCCUAUAGUGCCAGAUCUCUCUCCGCUCAAAGGUACACAUCCUGUGUUGAUAUAGCAUUGUGAGGUCAUAUUUGCAAAUGUGCUACAAUACCUAGCUGCAUUAACAUUGUUUACAGGAAUUCUUACCUUGUUUUUUGCUCUCUUAGGCUUCUAAAGCAUUGUAACACAAAAUUGAUUUUUUUUCAUUUAUGAUUGUCCUUCCUUUGUGCCUUGGUUAGUUUUUGUCAAGUAUUUGUUUUUUAGAAUGACUACACAAGGUGGGUUAUGGUUGUAUUUUUUUGUCUAUUUCUUUGGAAUAAACAGAAUGAAAUAAGAUUUUUGAGCAUAUUUGAAGAUAAUGUCAUGAUUUGUAUCUGUGAAUUGUUGAUGAUUUUUUAAGAUUAGGUCAUUUUCAGGCCAUAUUCAGUAAUUAUGUGUAUCUGCCUUAUUUAUAGAGCAAAUAAAUCGGUUUAAUGAAA